GCUUAGGUGAGUCAUUGCCAGAUUGGCGGAUAAAAAAAAGUGGAAAGAGAGUAUAAAAGACCGCACGAUAUAUUUGAGAACUAGAAAGAAGGAGCCGGAAAGUUGUUUCACAUCAGAAAAAAGAAACAUAUGAUACUAGAGUGCUAGUUGAAAGGAAGAUUGUUUACAAAGCCAUAACCAACAUGGACCGUGCUCUCCUUGUCUGUGUUCUAACGCUGCUUUUGAUUGGGGUAAUUGCUGCUUCAAGAGCUCAGAGAACUAUCUUCAGGAGAAGUGAGCUGCCAUCACUGACAAACAGAAACAGUGGAUUGGUUUCAUUUCGGGACACACAUUUUUACAGCAAUCCAGUUGAUAAUAUCGGAAGCGGAUUAAAUGGCGAAAGUAUUGUUGAUCAUGAAAAUGGAAAUGAAGAAAUUGUUAGUAAAAGACAAUUUGACGAGAUCGGAAGAAGAUUAAAUGUCGAAGGUAUUGUUGAUCAUGAAUAUGGAAAAGAUGUAGUUAGUAAAAGACAUUCUGAAGAGAUCGAAGGUGAAUUAAUUGACAAAAGAAUUGUUGGACUAGGAGAUGGAACUAUUCCUUCAAAUGGAAUAGCUAGUUAAAGCCUUUUGAUGAGAUCGGAAUGUUGAUCAAAUAGAAAUUACACAUGACGAUCUGUUUAUUGUGUAGAAAUGAUUGUUAUUUGAAAUGAUUGUUAUUUGAAAUGAUUGUUAUUUGAAAUGAUUGUUAUUUGAAAUGAUUGUUUUUUUCAAAUGAUUGUUAUCUCAAAUACAUAACAGAUAAGUGACUGAUGUCCACUAUUAAAUCUAUUUUGUUGAUCCUA